AUGACUGAAAGAUCAAGCAAUGGAGAUUACAAAUAUGAUGUUGAAGAGGAUGGUGGCGGCGAUGGAGACAGCAAUGGGGGUGAUGACCACCAGAGAAUGCCGUUGGAAAAAGACCGAAGUGAAAGAGCUGAUAAAGUUGGCGAAUACAUGAAAGAAUUAUUGGCUGAAAAAUUGGCCCUUGAUUCACAGAAAUGCCCAAAUGCUCUCCGAUUACUCGACCAAGAGAUUCAGAAGACUCAAGCUAUUGGAAAGCCUAUGCGAGACCUAAAAUAUGUAGAUAUAUAUCGUGAGAAACCAAUCAGGGUAUCUGUCAAAGUAUUGGUACCAAUUCGUGAACAUCCUAAGUUUAAUUUUGUGGGAAAGUUACUUGGACCCAAAGGUAACUCAAUGAAACGCCUGCAGGAAGAGACUAUGUGUAAGAUGGCUGUGUUGGGAAGAGGAUCGAUGAAAGAUAGACAGAAGGAAGAGGAGUUCCGCCAGUCUCUGGACCCGAAAUAUGCUCAUCUGUGCGAUGAUCUACACGUCGAGAUCACAGCUGUAGCACCCCCGGCAGAAGCACACGCUCGCAUCGCCUACGCUCUCGCAGAAGUUCGUAAAUAUUUGAUACCCGACAAUAAUGACAUUAUCCGCCAAGAACAAAUGCGUGAAAUGGAGUUGACAAUGUCGGAGAGUGGUGUAGCUCCUGAUGAACAUCGAUCGACUGUUAAACCGUCAAGUUCCAUGAGAUCACCUACUAGCAGACCAGUCACCACUUCAAGUACAUCCGUAAGAUCCGCAAGACCUCCUUCUUCACGUCCUGUAAUGCCACCACCACCACCUCAUUCAUCAAGAACUUCAGCGUCUCGUUCAUCGGCAAGUAAAGCUAAAGUAUUUUCGAUUUUGGAUCGCGCUCGAGCUGCUAUGGACCAAAGCUACGGAUCCGCGCCGCCUCCACCGUCCAGUCGUGCAUCUCAUCCAGACUAUGAUUAUCACGGUUCUUCGAGUAGUAGUACCCGAUAUACUGAUAGACAUUACUCGCCGUCCGCUUCUGAAGACAUUUAUACGCCGACAUCUUACACGACUUAUGAGUACAGCGAUGUCCCUUCAACUCACUCUUCUGAUUAUUAUGAAUCAACUGAAUAUCCUGGACUCAUCCGGCCGCGCUUGGAAAACGUACAAGACAUCAUCGUCAUCGGGCUCGGCUUCGCGAUAUCGUACAACUCCGUACACUCGCCCCAAAUGAGUGGAGAAGAGCAAAAUAAAAAAAAGCUGAGAAGUGAUGAGAUAUUCAGUAAAAUAAAUCAAUUUGUUACUUUACAAAAAGAUGAAACUGCCAACUAUAAUAAGAUUUUUACAAAGGUGACGGAUAAAAUUAUUGCUGUUUUGAAACAAGAGGAUGAAGUAUUUAGAAAAUAUUAUCAAAGACCGAUGUACACCGGGUCUUUUUACAAGCUAACAAGAGUUGGAAAACCGGAAGAAUUUGAUUUAAAUUUAAUUUUUGCUAUUCCUGAUCUUGAUCAUGCUGAAAUAAAAAAAGGGAGAGCCGGCUUUGCUAAAAUUAGAUUUGAUAAAAAAAAGCUUUCCCCUGUUUGGGUCGAAAACAAAGUAUUAAAUAAAUGGCUUGACAGCGAAUAUUAUUUGGACAACGACAAAAUACGACGUUGGUUCGAAGGAGUCGUUGAAAAGAGUAUGAGUCCUUUCAAGAACGGAAACAAUAAAAUCAUUCUUCCUAUAGACUCUGGAAGUAACUGUGAAGUAAUAAUUUUGAAACCACGACGUUUUAAUCAAAGAAAUAAUAACUGGCGACAAAAUAAUUGCCGACAUAAUAACUGGCGAGAUAAUAACCAUGUUCAUAUGAAGAAUAAAAAAUUUUUUUUUCCCAUAGUAAAGGUAAGAAAAAGCGGACCAGCGUUUACUUUGUGUGUGACUUAUGAAUCUAUGGAGUUUUCUGUUGACUUGGUUCCGGUGUUAGAGUUCUCUCGAGCACCGCCUCUACCAGGAAUUCAACAGUCAAAACAUUCUUGGCAUCUUGUUCCUAAACCGCUGAAGGACGGUGAAAAUCCACAUCAAAAUUGGCGGUACAGUUUUUAUUCUCAUGAGCAAGACAUGCUAAAGAAAUGCGGUAAAGUUAAACCAGUAAUUCGUCAUAUUAAAAAACUAAGAGACACCCAAAAUUGGAGUAUUCUUGUGAGCUAUCAUAUAGAAACUCUUUUUUUCCACGCAUUGAGCGAUAACAAAAUUGAUGAUAAUACUCCACAGACAGUAUUACUUGUUUUCAUGUUGAAGGAAUUGAGUAAAGCUUUUAAUAGUGGGAAGUUAAAUUAUUUUUGGGAUAAAACUUUUAAUCUAUUCGGUGAAUUAACUCCAGAGAAAAUCGUUAGUGUACAAAAACGUUUAGAUAAAAUAAUUAAAGAGAUAGAAGCUGAACCAUCGACUAUGACCCAGUACUUCUUGACUAAAGAGGAGCAGGAUAAAAUAAAAGGUGAAAUGGCUAAUGAUUCUACUGAAUGUUUAUCGCAUCCGUUUCCUUUGUCUAGCGAUUCGAAAUCAAAACUACAGAAUAAAAGUGCCAUUAAAAAUGAAGUCAAAACUAUAAAAAACAAGUUUCCGUUAUUAGAAGCUUCAUUUGAAAAUUUAAUUAUACAUCAUAGAGACAUUGAUCAAACUGCUGCUUCUACUACGGAUAAUACAGAGAUAAAAGCAUUAUUAUCUUCUCUUAUUAAUGAAAUGAAACAAUUAAAAAGUAACGUCAGAAAAAUUGAGAUUAAAAUAGACCAAGUUAAUGAGAAUAUUAGAAAAAUUAAUUCACGAUCAACAUUUUUUGACAUGGAAGAAUUUGCUCUCUCAACUUAA